CCUCUCUAUCUCACAUUCUCACUCUCCCUUUGCUCUGUUGCGCUGCCUCUCUAUAACUAGGGUCUGUGUGGGGCUUCCACUGGACCAACGUGUGUGUGGGUGUGUAUUUGUGUUCUGAAGCACUGGGAAAUCGGUUAUGUUCCCUCGGUAGUUGAGAACACUAACAGUGACCAAGCAGACUGAUGCAUGUAGCCAGCAUGGACUUCAUGAAGAGGAGGUAUGGAAGGUUCAUGAAUGGGAGAGUUCCAGCCAGCAGCAGAUAUCAGCCAACAGACUAUGAACAUGCUGCAAACUGUGCCACACACGGACUCUGGAUCAUCCCCAGUCUGGUGGGCGGGUCCGUGCUCUAUUUCCUGUCUGUGGACCAAUGGCAGGCUAUGGCUGCCUGGCUUUAUGGGGUGGGGCUUAGUGGUCUGUUCGUCUCCUCCACUCUGUUUCACACAGUGACCUGGAAGAUCACACACCUCCGUCAGGUGGAGCAGUGUUUCCACAUGUGUGACAGGAUGGCCAUAUAUUUCUUCAUCGCCGCCUCCUACAGCCCCUGGCUGAUUCUGAGGGAGCUGGGUCCGUGGUCGUGUCACAUGCGUUGGAUCAUCUGGAUCAUGGCUGUCAUUGGCUCUACAUAUGUCUUCUACUUCCACGAGAGAUAUAAACUGGUGGAGUUGCUAGGCUACAUGGCCAUGGGGGCAGUUCCUGCACUGGUCAUCCUGUCCAUGGCAGACCGGGCUGGUGUGCAUGAGCUGGUACUGGGUGGGGUGUUUUACAUAGUGGGUGUGGCCUUUUUUAAGAGCGAUGGAAUCGUCCCAUUCGCCCACGCCAUCUGGCAUGUCUUCGUUGCCAUGGGAGCAGCUACACACUACUAUGCUAUCUGGAGACACCUGUACUCACCUGGAAUCUAACACCCACCCACCCCCCUAAAGCAGUGCAAGCUAAGCAGUGAUGUGUCUGUUUACAUGAUCACCACAACCAGCAAAACUACGGUGAAUUGCUAUUCUGAAUAUUAUCCUUAAUAUUUAAUCGUCUGAGUUGUGGGUUUACUGUACAUUCCGAGCAGUAACUGAGGUAGCCAGUAGGGUUAGAUAGCUGAGUUAGCCAGUAGCAAUAGACGGCUCAGUUAGCCAGUAGGAAUAGACAGCUGAAAUUAGCCAGCUAUAGCCAUGUGGUUAGACAGCUGAAUUAGCCAGUAGGGUUAGACAGCUGAAUUAGCCAGUAGGAAUAGACAGCUGAGUUAGCCAGUAGGAAUAGACAGCUGAGUUAGCCAGUAGGAAUAGACAGCUGAGUUAGCCAGCUGAGUUAGUCAGUAGGGUCAGAUCAAUCAAUCACAUUUAUUUAUAAAGCCCCUUUUACAACAGCAGUUGUCACAAAGUGCUUUACAGAAACAC